CUGAAAGGCCCAGGACGAUGGCAGUGCGAUAGACAUUCUUGAGAAAGGCAAUCUCGUGUCAAGAUUAUCAUGUUAUCGACAGGGUAGGGCGAGCCAUAAAAGACUUUCUGGGUGGCUCGCUCGCAUAGUGUAGGCGAUGCCGCUCAUACCGCAAUUUUUGUUCUGUCAACAGUCUUUGAGACGAUGCAGCGCCACGUUUGAGACCCACUCGACUCGUGGGCCACCCGCUGAUACGUCAUUAAAGGGCUUUUCUUCCCGUGUUGCAGAUUGCCGGACUGGGGCUGUCAGAGAUGGGCAGCGCUUGGCCUUGACACACUUUGAAGAGUCUAGUACCCGUGCCGCGUCAAUUCAAGCGAUUUCGCCAGAAUAAUGCCGGAGAAAGCCUUCUUGAAACUACAGCGUUCACAAUCUCGAUUGAUGAGACCAGUAACGCGCAGCACGGCUAGUAGGCACGGGUU